GUGAUUGGCUGACAGCUGACCAAUAGGGAGCUGACAGGAGGGUAGUGGUGUAGUGAGAGCUCUGAGCACUGUUGCAGAAUGUUUGGAAAAGUUUUCAUUUCGCUGUUUUUCAUCUCGGUUUUCCACCAUGAGCCCACCGACGCUCAGAAGAAGAAGGAGACUCUGCUGUCAGAGAAGGUGACUCAGAUGAUGGAGUGGGCCUCCAAACGUUCAGUCGUCAGGAUGAAUGGAGAUAAGUUUCGUCGCUUUGUCAAGGCUCCUCCCAGAAACUACUCAGUGGUCAUCAUGUUUACAGCCCUGCAGCCACAGAGGCAGUGUGGGGUCUGCAGACAAGCUGAUGAGGAGUUCCAGGUGCUGGCUAACUCCUGGCGUUAUUCCUCUGCCUUUACUAAUAAAGUCUUCUUUGCAUCUGUGGAUUUUGAUGAAGGAUCAGACGUUUUUCAGAUGCUGAAUAUGAACUCUGCUCCAACCUUCCUCCACUUCCCAUCCAAAGGGAAACCUCGCAGGUCUGAUACCUAUGAGCUGCAGGUCAGAGGCUUUGCAGCUGAGCAGCUGGCUCGAUGGGUGGCAGACAGGACCGAUGUGCAGAUCCGUGUCAUUCGUCCUCCUAACUAUGCCGGGCCUCUCCUGCUGGGCUUCCUUCUGGCUGUGAUUGGAGGACUGGCAUAUCUAAGAAGACACAAUCUGGAGUUUCUCUUUAACAAGAAUGUCUGGGCUUUCUCUGCACUGUGCUUUGUCCUGAUCAUGACUUCAGGCCAGAUGUGGAACCACAUCAGAGGACCUCCUUAUGCACACAAGAACCCCAGCACUGGACAAGUGAGUUACAUCCACGGAAGCAGUCAGGCCCAGUUUGUGGCUGAGACACACAUUGUCCUACUCUUCAAUGCUGCUAUCACCAUGGGAAUCGUGCUGCUGUGUGAAGCUGCCACCUCAGACGUAGACAUUGGAAAGAGGAAGAUUAUGUGUGUAGCAGGUAUCGGUCUGGUGAUGCUGUUCUUCAGCUGGCUGUUGUCCAUCUUCAGAGCCAAGUACCACGGAUACCCGUACAGCUUCCUGAUGAGUUAGAGCUGACCACUUGAGAGGAGAAGUUGUGUCAACACACAGGGUGCUGUCCAUGGCAGCGAUGCCACAUUACUGUUUGCUAAGCCAUGAUUUGUCCUCUUAUGUGUUGAGUAAACAAACAGACACACACUGUGCCUUUACAACAACAGGACCCUCAUCACCAGUGUGCAUCCUAAACUGUCUUGUGCCAAAAGUUGUUUCUUAUAAUCUAAAUGAAAAUCUGAAUUUGGUAAUGAUUGAGACACAAAUUCCAGCUUUGCUAACUGUUUGGACCCAGGGGAGGUUCUGAGCUCAGUUUGGUUUGUUUAGCUGUUUAUUUGUGUGUGUGUGUGUGAGAGAGAGAGAGAGAGAGAAAGAGAGAGAGAAUUUGAAACAGGCUCUGCCACAGCUUCUCCAGCUCUUGAAAUAUCUGAUAAAACCCUGUCAGAACCUGCAGUGUGGCUCUCACUGCUUCUCUCUGUACUCAACCACUGGUCAGUCUGAUCACGUCUGCGCAUGGACCCAGUAUAGCAGAAUGAUUUAUUGUCUCGUGACUUUAAUACAUCUGAGAGCAGUUUGAAGUUCUGUCAUUCAUCACUACUGAAGGUAUAACAGCAAUUCCUUACAGCAUUGAAAUGAGUAUCUACUGCAUAAUGGAUGUCUGUUUUUUAAACACCAGACCAGAGUGCACCCUCACACUCAUGGUUUGCUGUGAACCUAUUUUGAGUUAAAUAGCAUUAAGAGCUAAUAAAUAGAAGGAUGGAAGUUGUAGAGUUUACUUUUUCCCUCCCUCCCCCAUUUAUUUUCAGCCUUUCAAAUGAGAAAGUUGUAGUAAAAUAUGUUGAAUGAAGAGUGAAAGGAAGUGGUGUUACCUCUGCUGUAAUAAAGUUGUGUUCAUCAAGUCACUUGACAGUGAAUCAGAGCAGCAGUGAGCAGGUGUUAACAUGGAGCAGGACCAGAUGUCAUGUCAACUUCAGUCUUGUAGACGGACAACUUUAAUCCCAGAGCAAGAUGAGAUUUAAUUCAUCAGAAGAAUAUGUUUUUUUUUUUCUGUUGUAUAAAAUCUGUUGUGUUUAACUUUUAGGUGCUUUGAAUGUUUGUGUUUAUCUUAUCAGGUUCCAGGAGAAAAUAUUUGAUGUGAUUAUUUCUGAUAUUAAAGUGCCUUAACUGCCA